UUUCAGUCGAAAAAAUCGGAUAUCGGUGUGAACAAGUGUACGCGAAAUCUAAAAGGGAUAUAUGAAUUUAUAAUUUUCCUUCCGUUGAUAUCGGAUGAUCGUGAAACGGCAAAUCUCAUUAAUUUUUUAUGGGAUACAUAAAAAAAGUAGAAGAUGCAUGUGUAGAUAUAAAAUAAAAAAAAAUAUAUAAUUUGGACACGUAAAAAAUAAAGUGUGGAAGUGACUAAAGAGAAAAAAAAAAUUCAAUUAAAAAACUUAUUUGCACGUGAAAAAAAAAGUUUAUGCAAUAUUAAAAAGGCACAGACGAGGAUAAAAAUUGACAUAGAGCAGAGAGUGUCAGUGACAGAUUUUGCAUUAAUUGAAUUACUGUGUUUUGAGUGAAGUCAAUUAAAAAAAUUUUCAGCAAACUCCAAAAUGACUUCAACCAACAACCCAGCAGAUAUAUCCAGCGAUCCUUCAAAUACCAUGCCAGUCAGUAAUGAACCAAGACGAAAAGUAUCAAUACUUACAGAUCCACCACAUGUACCAGGAAUUGGAUACGAUAAUCCUGCAUUUGACGGUCCAAAUAGAAAAAUCUCUCAGCAAUCAACCCAUUCAGAUACAAGUCCGGUGAGAAAGAAGAGCAUAUUGCACAAUCCUCUAACAUUUGAACAACAGCAACAAGCACUUCAGCAAGCUCACGAGCCAAUCACACAGCAACCUACACCUGCAAAUUAUGAUAAACUCAAUGGCGAUCAUCAUCAUCAACCACAUCGAAGACCGCAAAGAAAACAAUCAGCAACGGAAUCAUUGUACUCGAGACAUUCGCAUAAAAUUCCGAAAAAGAUUGAACCGGAAAGCCAACUUGAGCACUCAUGGAUUUAUGCAUUGUGUAUGCGCUGUAGAGUACAAUAUUCUACACCAUCAUGGCAACCAAAAGGAUGGGAGAAAGUUUGCCCCUAUCCAUUAUGUCCAUCAUAUCGUCAGUUUGCACGACUUAUUUCAAUUACGUUGAUAGGUAAGUGGUCAAAUGAACCAGUUGCUAAAUGUCAGUGGCCAAACUUCAGUGAAGAGUUGUCGACAAAUGGAAAGAAGCUAUUGAUAGAGACAGUAUUACUUUUGGAAUCGACAAUUGGACUUUUAAUCUAUGCGACGCUUUAUGCAAUUGUUGGAAAGUCAGCGGCACCUGGUGGACAACUGUUUAGUUUGAUUGUAUUGACGAUAGCUGCAAAUUUUGGAGGAUGGCUUUUUGGAUUAACGACUAUGCCAAGAUUGAUUGGAAUGCUGAUUACCGGUAUUAUAAUGCAAAAUAUCGGAGCAGUUAAUAUUGAUGGAAUUGACAAAGUUACAUCACAUUUGCGAAAAUUCGCUCUCGUUAUUAUUCUCACACGUGCCGGUCUUGAAAUGGACCCCGAGGCAUUUAAAAAAGUGUGGCCAACAAUAAUAAAAUUAAGUAUUUUACCAUGGAUUGCUGAAGCUGCUGUAAAUGGCAUCCUCUGUCAUUUCCUUUUCGAUAUGCCAUGGAUGUGGUGUCUUCUAUUCGGAGCUAUUAUUGCUGCUGUAUCACCUGCUGUUGUUGUGCCAUGUCUCUUUAGAUUGCGUACGAAAGGCUAUGGUGUGGCGAAAGGUAUCCCAACAUUGAUUGUUGCUGUUGCUGGCAUUUGUGAUGCUAUAUCUGUCGCCUUAUUCGGUAUUAUUAGUAGCUUAAUGUUUGCAACUGGUGGACUAUCCUUCCAAAUAUCACAAGCUCCUGUGUGCAUAUUUGGAGGUCUCGGCUUUGGUAUAAUUUGGGGAUGGAUUGCAAGAGUAAUUCCCGAAAAGGGAGAUGCUUAUGUCGUUCCAAUCAGAACAUUAUUGCUGCUUUGUGGCGGUCUUGUUGCUGUUUAUGGCAGUGAGUUACUUCAUUAUGAAGGAGCUGGUCCACUCGGUGUUGUGUUUGCUGCUUUUACAAGUCAAUACUUUUGGAUUAAGCAAGGAUGGACGUUGGAAGACAGUCCUGUUGGAACUGCAUUCGAAAUUUUCUGGAUGAUUUUUGAGCCAAUUUUGUUUGGUAUCACUGGUGCUACUGUAAAGAUCAAUGAACUAGAUCCAAAUAUCGUCAGUUAUGGUCUCGUCAUUCUCAUUGUUGGAGCAUUGAUAAGAAUCUGCAUCACAACUCUCAUCUCGUUUGGUGAUAGAUUAAAUUGGAAAGAGAGAGUUUUCGUUUCAUUAUCAUGGAUGGCAAAGGCGACAGUCCAAGCUGCUCUCGGUCCGAUUGCAUUGAAGCAUCUCAGUGCUGAUGAUCCAGAUGUUCCAUAUGCUCAAAUUGUUUUAAUGUUGUGUAUAUUGAGUAUUGUGGUUACUGCUCCGACUGGUGCCAUUUUGAUUUCUAUUACCGGAACUAAAUUGCUGACUAAAACAAAGAGCACACAUAUGCCAGAAGUUCCAACGUGGCGUCGUCCAUCUAUUCGAUCGAUUGCUAUCGAAGAGGAAGAAGAGGAUGAUGAAGACGACGAGGAAAGAAGAGAUCCGAGUAUGGGACCUGAUAAAAAUACUCUUCACAAUACAUUCGCAAAUGCACACAACAGUAUUAAUCCAAUUCCACCAUUUACGAUUACAAAGUAAUUAUUUUUUGAUAAGUUCUACAAUUAUUGUUAAUAGCUUCUUUGUUUAAAUCAUAUAAUUAAGUAAGUGAUAUGCAAGUGCACUGUUUAGCAAUUAUCUGUUCUUGCUUUCAAUUCGUUUCAUUAAAAUAUUAUGGGGUGGUUUGUGAAUGACGUAUACUGGAUAAUGAUUGCAGUACACAUUAAAGUGCAACAACUUGAAGAAUAGCAAUGUUGUAUUUUAAGGUUUACCUUAUUGGAUAGCUAUUGGUCAUAGACGUAGGUUCUUGGAUAAUCCCAACUCUAUAGUAAAGCAAGAAACCAGCCUCAAUGAUCCCAAGUUCUUAAAAAUUGAAUGUCAUUUGUAAACAACUUCAUUCUUAGAAUAUUGCAUGUAAAACAGUCCCGAAUAUCACAAGUGAUGGCUUCAAUUUAAAUCCAGCACCAUGCCAGAGUCACACCAGCUUGAUACCGGAUUUUUGAUCGAUCAACAGACUUGUGCCAU